AUGGCGACGUCUGGUAACACAGUUUACGUCGCUGGAGAUGACAAAUCGAUUUAUGUGUCUCAAGAUGAUGAAUAUUCAAAAGUUGCUUUUUAUCAGAUGAAUUUUUAUGAUCAAAAUGAGACGGAUCUCGUUUUAGCCAAUGCUGGAGACAACUGUGUGGACAUAUACAAUAAAAUUAAAAAUGAUGAGGACGAGUACUCUUCAAAAAGACCUUUCGACUACGAAUUUAGUCAGAAAAUCAAUACUCCACUCCUUCGAACUCUCAAUUGCUGGGACAUCUCAAAUAAUUCACAGUUUUUGGUGAUUUCAACAAGCCGCGAGACAAUAUUUUAUGAGAGAGAAAAGGAUAAAAAAACCGGAAAAUACAGUGAACGGACUCGUUUGGAGCUUACUGUAACUGCUAUGUCGAUGACAACAGACUCGAAAUUACUCGCAGUACAGCCAAAUCUGGAAAUACUGAGAUUCUCGUUAUACAAUCCUGAAUCAAAAGGAGAGCUGUUCUUCGAUUUUAAGCGGAUUGGAGUGUGUGAUUGUCAAAUAGUUCAGUUCCAAGUUUCCUCUUGUGUUUCGAAAAUUGCAUUUCUAACGUCAAAUCGAAAAUUCUUCAUGACAAACAUUCAAGAUGUAGAUUUGAGAGAAUUCGAAAUCACGUAUCCAAUUCACGUCGGAUUAUUAUUCAGAAGCGUUUUUCAUGUAAUUCUCACGAAAGUGACUGAUAAAUCUGGAGAUUCUACAGUGGAGAACGAAUAUGAAUUUUAUGAGAAAGCCGUUCAAGAGUUAAAGGAACGAGAAUUCAAAGAGACACAUAACAAUUUGGUCCGAUCCGCGAAGUUUGCACUUACCAGAACUUGGCUUGAGUUGGGAGUGAAAGCUUCAUUGUUCUACGAAGAUCUCAGUGAACAGGAUGAAGAUGACUGGGACUAUGUUUUCAGAAACACGAAGCUUUUCCUUGAUGCUAUAAAUCUUCUCAGAAAAAACCAAACUUUCAAGGAAACAGCAUUGAAAGAUGUACUGGCAAUCUCAACACUGAAUGCCGUAAAACAAGACCUGGAAGUUGUCGAUUUCGGAGGAAAACAGUACACUAUCACGUACUGCAUUCAUUGA